AUGAAAAGGCCUCUCUUUCUACGAAUUGUGGACUCUAUAUCAAAUUACGACGAUUACUUCACACAACGGCGCAAUAAUGCGGGCAAGCUUGGGUUAACGCCUAUCCAGAAGUGUACGGCUGCCAUACGCAUGCUCGCAUAUGGAGUCGCAGCCGAUGCUUGUGAUGAGUACGUCAAGAUAGGAGAAUCCACUGCUAUCGAGUGUACUCGCAAGUUUUGCGAAGGGGUAAUAGCAUUGUUUCAAGAUGAAUACUUACGACGACCAAAUGUGGAAGACUUGCAGAGGUUGCUCCAAGUUGGACAGGAACGUGGAUUCCCAGGGAUGAUUGGAAGUAUUGAUUGCAUGCACUGGCAGUGGAAAAAUUGUCCUAAGGCUUGGCAAGGGCAGUUUACUAGUGGACACAAGGGGACGGCAACAGUUAUCCUCGAGGCAGUUGCGUCAUAUGAUUUGUGGAUAUGGCAUGCUUUUUCAGGGCUUCCUGGUAGUUUGAAUGACAUAAAUGUACUAGAUAGGUCACCGGUUUUUUAUGACAUUGAGUCUGGUGAAGCUCCACGGGUAAACUUCACCGUGAAUGGGCGGGAGUACAAUCUUGCAUACUAUCUUGCCGACGGAAUCUACCCUAAGUGGCCUGUCUUCGUGCAGUCAAUUCAAAUGCCCCAAGGCAACAAACAUCAUUUUUUUGCCAAACAACAGGAAUCAUGCAGGAAGGACGUGGAACGCGCAUUCGGGGUACUCCAAGCACGCUUCGCUAUUGUCCGCCAACCAGCUAGAAUGUGGGAUCUUGAUGUCUUAGGAAAAAUAAUGAGGGCGUGCAUUAUUUUACAUAACAUGAUAGUAGAGGAUGAACGAGAUACGUAUUCGCGAAACUGGGAAAAUAUCGACUUUGAACCGUCGAACAAUGCUAGCUCUAGCGCCUCUUUCAAUGUUCAAACAGACGUGUUGCCGGAGUUUCAAGUCCAUGUUCAACACCGAUCUGAGGCAGAUAAUCAGACUAGAGCGGAACUACGAGAUAAGACCCAACAUAUUCAGCUGAAGAAGGAUCUCAUCGAGCACAUUUGGCAGAAGUUUGGGACAACCUCCGAUUAA